UCUUAGCGAUUAAGUUUCCCCCUCAAAGCACAUGACUCUUACACUCCUCACCCCCACACCAUUUCCCAGUAUUAGGUCACACAUAUCUGCCUAUGCUUCUGCAAAACCCCUGAGGAUCACAAAGCAAAAGUCCCUGUCUAAUGCAAGGCUGGUGCUGCUAUCACCAAGCCAGAGCUUUGUGGCUGGGCUUCGAUGUAUGUGGUCAUCAGCAGGAGGCAGAUGAUCUACGUCAGAGCUGUGAUGACUCAGGGGGUUUUAGGGUGAUUUUUUUUCUUUCCCCCACAGCCAAUAAGAGCACUCACAGAGGCAUAUCUUCUCCAGCAGGAAGUAGGGCAGUCACUCCCCUGUCUGCCAGGCUCCUAUGAAGUGGUGGAGAUGGCAGCGAACUUCAUCUACAGUUGUAUUGUACUUUGCUGCUUAACACUUUGGAGCUUCAACAGGACUUCAUGUGAUAUACAUGUACCACCACCUCAUUCAACCAUGAAACCUGGCUCCCCUAUCCCAGCAAACAUCAACAGCCCUGGUGUUCGCAAAGCAGCUCGCUUUGGGGUUUAUAGAUACAACAACAGUUCCAAUGACCUCUUUCUGUUUAAGGAUUCACGAAUAAACAAAGCCAUGGUACAGAUUGUCAGAGGGCUGAAAUACAUGCUCCAUGUGGAAAUCAAACGCACUGUGUGUGAGAAGAGGGAGCACUCCAGCCUGGACAGCUGUCACUUCCAGAGGAAAAAAAACCUGCAACAGAUGCUGAGAUGCUAUUUUGAGGUCUGGAUAACACCUUGGUUACAGAAAGUACAUGUUCCUGUUCUCCACUGUCACCAACAGCUUUCCCCGUGAGACCCUGACUUACAGGGGAUCUACCACCAUGUGUUUUUCCUUACCUGGACUGUUGACAUCAAUACUAAAGUGGAGAAUGUACAGAACCACCAUAGAGCUUUUCUCUCAAAGUGCAUGGUUGUUUUUUCCUUGAGAAAGAUACUCAAAAGUGACAAAGACCUGCCUUGACUGAA